CUAUAAAGGUAGAUCACCAGGUGAAUGGUUUCUAAGAAAGGGAGUUGGCAAGAUGGGAUAAAGAGGAAGGAUGCAGCUCUCUGAAUAACUUCUCCAGAGCUUUACUGGACAAAGCCCGAAGCCGAAUCCACAACUGGUGACACUGACGCAAUAGUGAUAGACUUGAGAGGAAGAUUUUCAGGGGGCAGAAUGGACACAUUCAGGCAAAGAAAGUGAAAUUGUCCAGACUUCUGACAGCCCACAUCGCGCUGAAAUCAGCCACGCUUUGUCAAACUGAGAGAGGCACACGCAUUCAGAACCUUCACUGGCUCCGGUUUCCAGCCUCCGAGGGCUCCAUGCCAAACAGACUGAGCAUGCGGGCCACACUUGCCAUGACAGCCUGGAUGGUUUCCUUAGUUUCCAGCUAUGAAAACACAGCAAUUAGUUUGCCAGGUAUCGAAAAUGAAGAUUUCAUCAAAGACUGUGUUCGAUUUCAUAACAAGUUCCGAUCAGAAGUGAAUCCAACAGCCAGUGAUAUGCUAUACAUGACUUGGGACCCAGCGCUAGCGCGAGUUGCGCAAACAUGGGCAAGAAACUGUCAGUUUGUACACAACGUUCAGCUGCAUUCAAGCUACAAGCUGCAUCCAAAUUUCUCCUCUCUGGGAGAAAACAUCUGGGCUGGGUCUCUAUCCCUGUUUUCUGCAUCUUCAGCCAUCACAAACUGGUACAAUGAAGUUCAGUACUACGACUUCAGGACUCAGAAAUGCACCAAAGUCUGUGGCCAUUACACUCAGGUUGUUUGGGCGGCUAGUUACAAAGUGGGCUGUGCAGUACAGUAUUGUCCCAGCGUUCAUGGCACCAGUAUUUCCCACGGAGCGCUUUUCAUAUGCAACUACGGACCAGGACAAUACAGAAGUUGGCCAUACAGAGAAGGGUCCACCUGCAGUGCCUGCCCCAAUGAUGACAAGUGUUUGGAUAAUCUCUGCAUUAACCCACAACGAGACAAAGUCACACCCCUAUGGAGAGAUCCAAAAGGCAAGGAACUGAAGCCACUUGCCACCAGCCUCGUGAGGGAGCUGGGAAGCACAUCCUCCUGCCUGAUCAAGCUUUCAGAUGACCAGAGCGUGCCUGACUCCUUGACUGUAGCCUCCUGAGAGACACUGAACCUGCAGCACCAGCUAAGUUCCUGACCCUCAGAAACUUCAUAAAUGUUUGUUGUUGAAAGCUGUUAACUUCAGGGGUAAUUUUUAUAUAGACAUAACUGGAACAAUAUUGAGGCAAGCACAAGUGUUCACCAAAUAUAUAUAUAUAUAUAUAUAUAUAUAUAUAUAUAUCAGAUUUCAAUAGGGAUGUGGAUGCGAAACUUCUCAGGAGGAAUAGUUUUCCUUGAUUCUUGCCACUAGAGGGCAAAAUGUUCAUAGAUGAUGGCUUGAAUGAAGAAUUGAAAGGCUUUUGCUUUUUCCAUGGAACUGCAGAUGUCCAAGAUGGAAAAAACCUUAGAAAUGAUCUGGUCCAGCUCCGUUAAUUUACAGAUGAGGAUUCUAAUGCCCAGAGAUAUUAACCAACUGGCGCAAGGUCACACAGAUUAGGUCUGAAUGUACAAACUCAGCUGCGUUUAAUAACAUGCAGACCUAGUAACUAUUAAUCAACUCUGUUGUUUCUUAAAAUCACUAGGUAUAGAAUAAAGAGAGAAGGCUUUUAAAAGUCCUAUUUCAACUAACAUACUAGUAUUCCUAAGAUCCAAAAACUUGUGAUAGAGGCAUCUGGGUGGCUCAGUAGGUUGAGUGCUUGACUAUUGAUUUCAGUUCAGGUCAUGAUCUCACGGUUUGUGUGACUGAGCCCCACACUAGGAUCCACACUGAGCAUAGAGCCUGCUUAAGAUUCACUUUCUCUCUCUCUCUCUCUCUCUCUCUCUCUUUCUCUCUCUCUCUCCCACACACACACUCUUUCACUCUUUCUUAAAAAAAAAUAAAGACUUGUGAUAAUAACCAUUCCCACUUACUGGAUGCCUAUUAUAAGCCACUACUCACACAUUAUGUGCUAUGUCUUUUAAUCUAAUCUGCACAACAGAACUUUGAAACUUAUACUCAUCAGUGCAGAAGCGCCUGUAUAGCUAAAAGGAAACAAAACAGAUUUGAAAAUGAUACAGGUUAAAUCUCAUUACAAUGAUUUUGGCGGGGGGGGGGGCAAGUCAUAGUGUUUGAUUAUAGCAGAAGUUUGUUGCUUCUGGAAAUCAGUUAGCAUGUUAAGACACUUAAGUGGUUGUCAUAUAGCGUUGGAAAAGAAAAGAUGAUUUCUAAAAAAAAUAUUUAUUUAUUUUGAGAGAGAAAGAGAGAGAGUAGGGGAGGGGCAGAGAGAGAGGGAGGAAGAAAAUCCCAAACAGGUUCUGCAAUGUCAUUGCACAGCCCAACAAGGAGUUUGAUCUCAUGAACCGUGAGAUCAUGACCUGAGCUGAAAUCAAGAGUUGGACGCUCAACCAAUUAAGCCACCCAGGCACCCUGAAGAAAAGAUUUUGAUGGCUCUAUUUCUUGCCUUCCCAGAGAGGACUUUUUCUCUCUCAUUCUCCCUCUCAUUCUGUCUCUCUGUAUGUCUCUGUCCCUGUCCCUGUCUCUGUCUGAUACACACACACUGCCCCUCCCCUUUAUUCUAGUCAACCAGCUGUGCGAUGUUGGAUAACCUUCUUAGAGCUUCACUUUGUUGCACUUUCUUCAUUUCUAAAAUGAGACUACACCUACUUCCUUCAAGCUCUCAUCAGGGAUGCUGCAAUGAUUAAUGAAGAAGUCUUUGUGAAUCUCAUUUGGUUUUGCAGAAGGCAGGUGUUUAAUAAAGCUGAAGAAUCAUUAUAGUGGCAAUUAGUCAUAUUUGAGGACAGAUGGGCAAGUAUUUGGCAGUAGUGACUUGGCUGGAGCUGUUGCCACACCAAAGCAAUGAAGUAAUGUCAACAUGUCAGCAGCAUAAGUUAGGAGCAAGGAGGCCAUACCUUCCUAUCCCACACACUGCUUUGUUCAUCAUCCCUGCCUGGUACAUACCUCUACAUAGUCACAGCAUUUCCAAUGUAGUUAGGUAGGCAACCUUGGGAGAAGCACCUCAUUAUUGUGGUUUAUAGUCUCCAAAGAUAGCCACCAUUGACACCUUCUCUCUUCAUAUAAGGAUGACACUCACACCAAGAGAUUGAGCCUAUUCCUUCUCGCACUGAAUCUGGUCUGGCCCUGUGACUUACUUGGACCAAUAGGAUACUGUGGAUAGGACUUCGCUAAUUCCAAGUCAAGCCUUCAGGAAGAGUGGCAGUUUGUGCUUUCUCUUUCUUGGAAGAGAGCUGAAAGGUAAGAAGUUCAACUACCCUGAGACCACCUCACUGUGAGGAAGUCCAACCUAGCUAUGUGAAGAGAGAGAGAGAGAGAGAGAGAGAGAGAGAGAGAGAGACAGGGACAGAGAGACAGAGACAGAUACAGAGAUGCCCGGGGCCAGCUCUCAGAUGUUCCAGUCAACAUUGCUUGUGUUCUGGACAUGAAAACAUGAAGAAGCAAUCUUAGACAUUUCAGCUUUAGUACCUACCAUGUGGAGCAAAAUAACUGUCCAGCCUAAUUACAGAAAUAGGAAAAUUAAUGAAUAUUUGGUGGUGUUAAGUCACUAUGUUUUCAGGAUGUUUGUUACACAGGAAUAGAUAUUUGAAACAAUUAUCACCAUUUAAAAUAAGGUCAUAUAAAUGGAAUAGAAUAGAGAACCCAGAAUUGGACUCACAAAUAUAUGCCCAACUAUUCUUUGGCAAAGCAGGAAAGAGUAUCCAAUGGAAAAAAGACAGUCUCUUCAGUAAAUGGUGCUGGGACAACUGAACAGCAACAUGCAGAAGAGUGAACCUGGACCACUUUCUUACACCAUACACAAAAAUAAACUCAAAAUGGAUGAAAGACCUAAAUGUGAGAUAGGAACCCAUCCAAAUCUUAGAGGAGAAAACAGGCAACAACCUCUUUGAUCUCAGCCACAGCAACUUCUUACUUGACACGUGUCCGAAGGCAAGGGAAAUAAAAGCAAAAAUGAACUAUUAGGACCUCAUCAAGAUAAAAUGCUUCUGCACUGCAAAGGAAACAAUCAGGAAAACUAAAAGUCACCGGAUUGAAUGGAAGAAGAUAUUUGCAAAUGACAAAUCGGAUAAAGGGUUAUUAUCCAAAAUCUAUAAAGAACCUACCAAAGUUAACACCCCAAAAUCAAAUAAUCUAGUGAAGAAAUGGGCAGAAGACAUGAAUAGACACUUCUCCAAAGAAGACAUCCAGAUGGCCAACAGUCACAUGAAAAGAUGCUCAAUGUUGCUCAUCAUCAAAGAAAUAAAAUUAAAACCACAUUGAGAUACCACCUCACACUGGUCAGAGUGGCUAAAAUUAAUAGCUCAGGAAACAAUAGAUGUUGGAAAGGAUGUGGAAAAAUGGGAACCCUCUUGCACCGUUGGUGGGAAUGCAAACUGGUGAACAGUGUGGAGGUUUCUCAAAAAAUUAAAAACAGAAUUAGGCUAUGACCCAGCAAUAGCACUACGAAGAAUUUACACAAAGGAUACAGGAGUGCUAAUUCAUAGAGGCACAUGGACCCCAAUGUUUAUAGCAGCACUAUCAACAAUAGCAAAAUUAUGGAAAGAGCCCAAAUGUCCAUCAACUGAUGAAUGGAUAAAGAUGUGGUUUAUAUAUAAAAUGGAAUACUACUUGGCAAUGAGAAAGAAUGAAAUCCUGCCAUUUGCAACAACAUGGAUGGGACUAGAGGGUAUUAUGCUAAGUGAAGUAAGUCAGUCAGAGAAAGACAGAUAUUGUAAGUUUUCACUCAUAUAUGGAAUUUGAGAAACUUAACAGAAGAUGAUGAAGGGAAGGUAAAAAAUAACUUCAAAGAGAGAGGGAGCCAAACCAUAAGAGACUCUUAAAUAUAGAGAGCAAACUGAGGGUUUAUGGGGGAGGCAGCAAGGGAGAGGGGAAAAUGGGUGAUGGGCACUGAGGAAGGCAUCUGUUGGGAUGAGCACUGGGUAUUGUAUGUAAGUGAUGAAUCAUGGGAAUCUACUCCUGAAGCCAAGAGCACACUGUAUACUCUAUGUUAGCUACAAUAAAUUAUAUUUAAAAAUUUAAAAACAUAAAAAAUAAAAAUUAAAAAAGAAUAAAUAAAUAAAUAAAUAAAUAGGGUCAUAUAUCUCUUAAUGCCCUGUCUUUGCUAAAUGACAGAAAAUUCCUUCAGAGAAAUGAAAUGAGAAAUAAAUAUUUUGGUAAAAUGGAGGGGUAAUUUCUUUUUAGAGGAUACAGUUUUUAGUGUCAUAAAAGUCCUAAUAAAAUUAGAGCACUUAUUCCUUCCUUCACUCACUCACUCAUGCUCAAUAAAUAUUUGUUGGGGAAACCUGGAUGGCUCAGUCGGCUAAGUGUCUGACUCUUCAUUUCAGCUCAGGUCCUGAUCUCACAGUCUGCGAGUUCCAGCCCGAGUCAGGCUGUGCAUUGACAGGAUGGAGCCUGCUUGGGAUUCUCUCUCUCUCCUUCUCUCUGCCCCUCCUCCGCUUGCAUGCACUCUCUCAAAAUGAAUAAACAUUUUUUAAAAAAUAAUAAAGAAGUAAAUAUUUGUUGAACAAAAAAAUUGUUUAUUAUACACCUGGCACAGUUUUAGGCAUGGACUACAUAGUGCUAAAUGAGAAAGUUAAGGUCCCUGAUAUCAUGGUGCUUACCUCCUAAUUGGAGAAGACAAAUAACAACAACCAUAACAAAAAGAUUAUUUCAGUUAAUGAUACUGUAAUUGGAAGGGGGGUAAUGUGGAUAGCAUUGUCACUGUCUUUCUAAGGUUGCCUUUCUGAUCCAUCAGCAAUAAACUAACAGACAAAAAGAAAAAAAAAGGAAAAGAAAGAGAAGAAAGAAAAGAACAGAAAAGAACAGAACAGAAAAAGAAAAGAAAGAGAGAGAGAGACAGAGAAAGAAAAGGAAGGAAGGAAGGAAGGAAGGAAGGAAGAAAAAAUAAUCCCUCUGAGUUACUUGCAGUUCAGUUUAAUUGUUGCCAACCUAAUUAGCAGUUUCUUGGUAUGAGUGUAUACUCACAACUCAGGAUUUGGGGGAGUGCCUUCCCAUUUGGGACUUUAUGUCUGUUAACUUUGCUAACACUGAAACAAAUCUAAUAAGGGAGGUGAUUUUCUUCCUACUCUAUCAGCUUUGGAGGAGGUAAAGACGGAAUGUACUAGCAUUGGAGGAAUAGGCGUGCUGGCCUGCACCCUGUUUAUUAACACAGUCCGGGAGACAUGGCCAUUGCUGCACUCAAUGAAAAUGUUUGAAUUAGGAAAGAAACAAGGAACUGUAUAUUUUAUAGUCUUAAGUGUCUGGAAGUUUCAGUUACUGAUUUUCCUCUGAAGAAAGGGCAUUUCCCAUAAGAAAAUUCCAAGUAGAAAACCACUCUUCUUUCAUACAUAGCAUGGUUCUCUGUGAUAUCCUACAAAUCUACUGCUGAGGCACUUCCAUAUUCUUUUAAAAUCAGUGUUGACUUCUUUGAAGGCAGGAACUCUGACUUACUUUCUUUUCUUCUUCAUCCUCUCACACAAUAUCCCUUCCAUCGUACAUACUUAAUAAAUAUUUGCUGAAGGGGCACCUGGGUGGCUUAGUCAGUUAAGGGUCUGACUCUUGAUCUCAGCUCAGGUCAUGAUCUCACAGGUUUGUGGGUUCGAGCCCCAUAUUGAGCUAACACACUGUCAGUGUGGAGCCUACUAGGGAUACUCUCUCUCUUUCUCUCUGCCCUCCCUCCACUCAUGCUCUCUCUCUCUCUCUCUCUCUCAGAAUAAAUAAACUUAAAAAAAUUAAAAUUUUUCUUUUUGCUGAACGAGCAGAUACUGGAUUAAAAGACCAGGGCCUGCAUUUGAAUCCCAGCUCUGCAAUCUAUUGGCAGUGUGUCCUUGGUCAAGUUACUUAAUUUUUCUUCAUUCCAUUUUCUCAAUUGUAAAGUAGGAAAAAUAACAUUUUACAUGAUUGGUUGUAAUAAAAAUUAAACUAGGGGCACCUGGGUGGCUCAGUCGGUUAAGCGUCCGACUUCGGCUCAGGUCAUGAUCUCGUGGUCCGUGAGUUCGAGCCCCGCGUCAGGCUCUGUGCUGACAGCUCAGAGCCUGGAGCCUGUUUCGGAUUCUGUGUCUCCCUCUCUCUGACCUUCCCCCGUUCAUGCUCUGUCUCUCUCUGUCUCAAAAAUAAAUAAAUGUUUAAAAAAAAAAUUAAACUAUACACAUACAUAUAUACACAUAUAUACGUACAUAUACAUAUACACACAUAUACACAAAUACAUACUGCAAUUAACACAGAGCCUGCAUGAGCUAAUUGAGUGUAGCUCCUUCCCAAAGAGGUUAUUUGCCUUUAGUUAAAAUUUGGGAAAAGUGAAGAUCACUAUAAUCUGAAUAUUUGUAUCUCCUCCCAUCACCAAAAUUCGUAUGUUGAAUCCUAACCCACAAGGUGAUGAUAUUAGAAGGUGAGGCUUUUGGGAGAUGAUUAGGUCUACCCAGGAGAAUGGGAUUAGUGACCUUCCAAAAAAGGCCAGAGAAAGCUCCCUUCCCCCUUCCACCUUGUGAGGACACAGCAAAAAGAUAGCUAGCUGUCUAUGAAUCAGAAAAGCUGCCCUCACCAGACACUGAAUCUGCAGGUGCCUUGAUCUUGAACUUCCCAGGGUGGAGAACUGUGAGAAAUAAAUAUUUGUUGUUAUAAAUCAUCCAGUCUAUGGUAUAUUGUUAUAGAAGCCCGAACAAACUAGAACAAUCACUAUUGCUAGAAUUGCAUGUAUUUUUAUUUAAAUAGUGGCUUUUCAAACUCUGCUUUCAUCUGAGAUAAAUUUCUUAUUUGGCCACUAUUAACACUGGCAACAGCUGAGCAUCUAUUAUGAUUUUUCAAGAGUCACUAUUUUGGAAACUUAUUAAUUUAAUUUAAAUGUUUUUAAUGUUUAUGUUUUUAAAUUUUUUUAAUGUUUAUUUAUUUUUGAGACAGAGACAGAGACAGAGCAUGAUCAGGGGAGGGGCAGAGAGAUAGGGAGACACAGAAUCCAAAGCAGGCUCCAGGCUCUGAGCUGUCAGCACAGAGCCCUAGGCAGGGCUCAAACUCACAAACCGUGAGAUCAUGACCUGAGCGGAAGUCAGACUCUUAACCAACUGAGCCACCCAGGUGCCCCAAUGUUUAUUUUUGAGAGAGAGAGAGAGCGCGUGCGCGCGCGCGCGCUAGUGGGGGAGGGGCAGAGAGAGAGAUGGAGACAGAGGAUCCAAAGCCAGCUCUGUGCUGACAGUAGAGAGCCCCAUUCGGGGCUCGAAUUCAGGAGCCCCAAGAUCAUGCCCGGAGCUGAAGUUGGACGCUUAACUGACUGAGCCCUUUAGAUGCCCCGGAAACUUACUAAUUUUAAAUGGAUGAUGCAGUGUCAAAAUUUGCUAGCGUUGAAGAGUCAGAGGGACAGAAAAGGUGCAACAAACUUGACUCAUUCUACAAACUGUAGGUCCAACUAAUUCCAGAAGAGCUAAUUUCAAAAUGUCUGUUUGAAAGAGGACUUUACUUACCUCCAUUUUGACCUCCGUUUAUACUUUCUACCUGAUUAAGCUCUUUCCAGCUUAUCUUUUAACCAAGGCAAAAAUCCCAGGGGACAAAGCAUCCUGUGAUGGGAGUGGAAACUAUCCCCCCAAGCAAUAGGGAGUGCCCUGAUGCCAGCAAGACCCUGUGUGAUUAAGUCCAAGACAAGGAUCAGCCUGACCCUCACUGCCCACCUGCAAGUAUCCACUGACCUUUGUCCCAUGUUUUCCUUAUGUAACCUGUAAGUAUUUUCAGCACUUUGGAGACAGUCUUUGAGUUGUUAGUCGGCCGUCUUCUCGGUGAUGGCCUCACAGAAGUAAAUUCCUUUCUUGUUUCACUACCGCUCGUCCCUCUGCCUUUAGAUUCUGUCGGUGGCAAAUGGCAAAAGCUGGUCUGUUUGGGACCCCCUCCCCCCAGGGCCAGGUGCUCUUGCAUCCUUGCGCCCCAGUUACAUGUUAUAGAAAACUCAUUAGAAGUUCCCAUGAUAUUAACGAGAUACGUCCUUGUAUAAAAGGGACCCGGGUAGAAACUUCAAAAAAAAAAAAAAAAAGUGUCUUGAACGAAAGGUAAUAGUGGAGAGAAAAAAUAUGACACAAAUGAAUAAUUUUUGUUCUUUUUUAUGUUUACCAUGUAUUUGUGGAAUAAGUGGUUGAGGAAUUACUGACAUAGACUUUGAAAAACUCAAAUAAGAUAAUUAUGAUUUUUAGAGCAUGGGCUUUAUUUGUCAAGAUAAGAAUAUAUAAUGACUAAUUCACUAGUAUUAUUAAACAAAUGAUAAUGAGAUAGAAUUGUAGUUAGAACAAUCAGUUUAACGUUAAGAGCCGUUUGUCUUAAACUGUAAUUUUAGAGAAAAUAAAAUGAUAAUAUUCGAUGUACAGGAUAAUCUCAAGUGGUUAGAAAACAUAGCAUUUAAGAGGAUUCAAUCGUUUUCUUCUCUAACCGCUAGGGAGAGCUUUAUUUGUGCUCAGGAGUUGCUGAAAUAGCCUUUCUGAUCUUUUAAAAUCUGUAUCAUUUCUAAUUCCAUGGUGCCUCAUCCUGCAGUGAAUAUAAGGAUUUAUAAACAGAUUUAGAAGUAGCAACAAGUGAUUCCUCUUUGUGGAGUGCACUCCUACCUUGGGUAACAAAUGACAGAUUCCCAACUACUCACAUGCCUGGAUGACCUGGCCAUCUGCAGUCUGAGAUGUUCUCUAGCCCCCAGCAGACUGAACAGUAUUUCAGUUUGGAAUAAAAUUGAACAGAACAACUUUCUCUGUAACCUUAAAAAUGCUGAGAGCAUCUCCCAAAAGUAAUCCAUUGAAAACAAAGUAAACAGCAGACCCCAAGGAUGUGGCAAAAAUUAAAACGGUAUUUUUAUCACUGGGCUCCAGCUCGAUGUCGGUUAUAAGGUAGGAGACCAUGUGAACUGGUUACACACUCUGUACCGCCCCAGAUGGCUCAGUGAAGAAUCCUCAGGAUUUAGCAUCAUGACUGAUACUAGUAUAGUCUCCUUAGCUCUGCAUUAAAAUGUCCACUUAGAAUUUCUGGGUCUAGGGAUGCCUGGGUGGUCGGUUGGGCAUUCGACUUCAGCUCAGGUCAGGGUCUCACAGUUUGUGAGUUCACUCUUGCAUCAGGCUCUGUGCCAACAGCUCGGAGCCUGGAGCCUGCUUCAGAUUCUGUGUCUCCCUCUGUCUCUGCUCCUAUCCUGCUCACGCUCUGUCUCUCUCUCAAAAGUAAAUAAACAUUUUCUAAAAUUAAAAAAAAAAUUUCUGGGUCUAUACUAUUGUCAGGUAACCAAUAUCUUCUCAGAUAGUGGAACAUUUUAGUGAAAAUACGUCUAUUUCCAUUCAUUCCCAGAUUCACAAACAGAAAGGACUUAAAUGCUCCUUGGUCCUGGGAAAGUGGGUUAUUGAGGGGGUCAGGAAUGGCAUAGGUAGGAAAAUCUUCCAUAGUCUAAUACAGUACUGGCUCUUUACCCAAUUUCUGCAGAUGACCAGAAUAUAACAAUAGCCUUAAAAAUGCUGGUGAUUAGGGAAAAAAAGAUCAUAAUCUCUAUCAAGUGUUGCUUAUCAUUUUUUCGGCCAUCUAGUCCUUAAUUUAUACAUUCUGUUAAAAAAUAAAAUUCAACUGAGUAAAUUUGUUAUGUAUGUAUAUAUGUAUGUAUGUAUGUAUGUAUUUAGAACCCUGAAGGAUAGAGAGGAAGAGAUAGAAUUCUGGUGGGGGGGAGAGGGACAGACUCGAACUCACGAACAGUGAGAUUAUGACUUGAGAGUCCGUUGCUUAACUUAAACUGAGGCACUGUACCCAGGUGCCCCCUCAACCGAGUAAAUUUGAAGAUCUAAUUUGUUUUAUUUAGUGAUUCAUGGAUUGGGGAACCUCAAGUUUAGCAAAGACAGAGAUACUCCAAGGAGUUGUACAAAAUGGAAGGUUUUCAUAGGAAGGAGGGUAGGGCAAAGAAGUAUUAGCAAAAGAGGGGCACCUUGGUGGCUCAGUAGGUUAAUUUUGGUUCAGGUCAUGAUCUCACGAAUCAUGAGUUCGAGCCCCGCAUGGGGCUCGGUGCUGACAGCUGGAGCGUGCUUCAGAUUCUGUGUCUUCCUCUCUCUGCCUCUCCUCCACUCAUGCUCUGUCUCUCAAAAAUGAAUAAACGUUAACAAACAAUUAAAAAAAAAAAGUAUUAGCAAAAGAAAAGAAAGUGUUGUUUCAGGCCAGGACAGUCUUCUUUUGUUGGGAGGGGAAUUGUAGGGUUUUUCUCAUGCAGAUUACCUCACUAGUACCAAUCAGAAAAUUCCAGAUUGACUGUUUAAUGGGCACAUUCCUGGGAUAGGUUGAAACUAUAAUUAAGUCUUGAUUUGCUGGGGGGGUGGGGGUACAAUGACUCCAUUUGCAUCUUGUCAUUUUCAUCCCUUCUCUUCCUCCUCCUCCUCCUCCCCCUUUCUCUCCUCCUCUUCUUUCUUCUUUAAUAGCAAUUCCAUGAAAAAUAUAUGGAGUGCCUACUCUAUCUGCAAAAUUGCACCAGGCCCUAGAAAUAGUGCAUUUAAGACAGACAUAGUCCCUACUUGCAUGAGAGUCUACAGUGCAGAGGUGAAGGACACUAAACAAAUGUUUAUAGUCAAGUACAGGAAGCACACUGUGCUACGGGGAAUACACUGUAGGAGUGUUCCUAAUUCUUCCAAAUGCUAAAACAGAAAAGGGUACCAAAGUGGUCCUCAUCUGGAUGUCCCAGUGCAAAGGACUUGAUUUCCUGGUCUUGAGUUUCCUCAGAUGAAGUAAGAGGGCUUGGGCUCAAUGAAUUCUAAAGGUCCCUUCUGUAGAGGCCACUUUUAGGCAACAGUCUUGAGCAAUAGAAUCUUGAUCAAGGCCAAAGGGCCCACAGCGACCACCUGGCUGAACACAGACAGGCCCAUCAGGUGACCCACCUCAAAACACCCAUAGGCCCUAACUUACCAAUGGACUACUUACAACUAGACACAGUCACCAAAAAAGGGAAAACUCCAUACAUUCUGUUCCCAUACCUCCUCACCUUCUCACUUUAAAUGCAGCCCCCACCCUCUGCCUCAAUGCAGUCUCUCCUCUGCUGCCCUGUCCACUGCUCCCUUGCGGUGUAUUCAACUGAUUUCUACCUCCUCUGUUCUGCCUCAGGUGAAUCCUUCCACUGCCCAUGCCCCUGGCUUCCACCAGAUCAUUGCCUUACACUUGGGGGCCCCCAUCUCAUUGGCGAGACACCACACCUGCCAUUGGUAAGGUGCUAACAUUUUAUUCAAAUCUCCCCAAUCCCAAAUGGCAUUAUCAAGGGCUUUCUCUGAAAAAAUAAUUUGAGGACUUCUUGGGGACUAAGUGCAAACAAUGUGAACCUUCCUAAAGUGGCAGCUGUGAAGCUCCAAUUCAGAAUCCUGAGAUGCUCACUCACUUCCACUGGAAAUACCCUGUGAGUAAGGUCUGGGUGGUAUACACCACAUGGUCUUACUUCACGUUUCCCAAAGGCCCCCUUUUUUGUGUGUGCACCAAGCUGGGUGGUGAAUACUACUGUCUUCUGGUUCAUAGUGAGCUGUCACAUGCCCCCAAAGUGCCACCUCAAAAGGUUACAUCCUAUCAUUUCCUCUCUGAGGUAACCAAGUGGAUUAGCAAAACCCCCAAAUUAUUCUUCUUAGAAACUUCAUAACCAAAAUGAGGGAUGAGUUACAGAGAUGUAGAAACAUUCACAUGUUUUCCAUAGUUUUCAAGAUAAAUAUGCAAAAACCUUCCAUAGUUGAUGCUGCAGUAUGGGUCUUUCAAUACCUUUCCCAACCCUUUCCUCUUCUAGUAUUGAGGCUAGACAAUGAAUAUGUUCAACUCCCAGCCUUUCUCUCAGCUCAGCGUAGCUAUAUAGCUCAGUUGUGGCCUAUGACAUGUAGGUGGAAGGCCUCUGAGACUAAGAGGGCUUUUUGCUGCUUUGCUUUCUUCCAUUCUUCCUGCUUGGAACAUGCCUGUGAUGACUGGAAGUAUAGCAGCCAUCAUGAAACCAUAAGGAUGAAAGUUAUCACUAAGGUUGAUGGAGCAAAAGAGAACAAAUGUAAUUAUCUGCUGACAUUUUAGAGAUGCUGUCUCAACUGUGUACAAUCUACAUGAAAGUUGGUAUUUUAAAUGUUUACUGGGUUUUUGUUUCUCAUAGAUGAAUGUCAUCCUACUGAUCAACUUCUAAUAAUAAUGCUGACCAUAUAUAAUUAAUCCUGUAAUUAGCAGGAUCCUGAAGUUGAUCAGAAUAUGCUUAUAUGUGUUUGGGUCGUAUAAAAUCAUUUUGUUUUGGGGGCACCUGGCUGGCCCAGUUGGUAGGGCACACAACUCUAAAUCUCAGGGUCGUGAAUUCAAGUGCCAUGGUUGGCGUGAAGCCUACUUAAAAAAAUCAUUUUGUUUUUUUCAUAGUAUUUUAUCUUCUAAGUAUGAGGUUUUAAUUAACGAUGUGAUUGCUGUGCUAUGUUUUGAUUAAAAUGAACUCCAUGUGGUUCUUAGCUAAUUACAAAAUUCACUUUCAUCCUUAACUAAGUUUUGUCACCAUUUAGAACAGUUUAAGAAAGAAAUAUAGAAUGCUACAUUGAUUUAGGGGAGAAUGUAACAGAGACAUUGAUAUAAAAAAAGAUUUUUCAAAAAUAUGUUCACUCCCAUUGUGUGUUUGUAUGUGUGUAAGUGUCUCCCAGGAUCACUAAAUUAGAAUAGAUAAGAACUUUUCAUAUACGAUCCUCUAAUUUCUUUUUUAUAGUAUCCAUUUAACAGGUAUAUUUUCUCAAAUACUGUAGGUCUACGUUGAGCAAGUUAUGUGCAUAUGCUUCCCUAAGGGAGCCCUAAAUCCAUAAACAGAGAGCUCCAAAGACACACGCUAUGUGACAAGUGGUAAGGGCCAUCCCAGAAGCAAACACAGGCUGGGAGUGGGGGAAUCCAGAGGGGCUUGUAGUUUUCUUUGCCAGAUGCUGUGAGAGAGACAAGGCUGCAGAGGAGGGGAUCCAGAAGGCCUGAGAGUCUUGUGUUACAUGGCAGAGAACCAAUGCAGCCUCAAUCGUUAUUCAGCCACACUAUGUCUUUAAUCAGUUGUGCCGUUGCCACCUUUGAGGCACUUAUCUGGCCCACAGAAAGAAACUCCUAAAUCUAGUUUAUGGUGAGUGAAUAGGAAAAGCCCAUCAGUCCUUAGCAGGCAGUUAUCCCUUUAGCAUGUGCAUUCAACGCUGCUGGCCUCCAUGUUAAACAAGGGGCACUGAAGGAUGACUGAGGGAGACAACAAUCAUUGAAAUGCCCCUGCUUUCCAUUCCUUCCCCUGCAUCCUCAUUUAAAAAAAAAAAAAAAAAAAAGUAAACUGAACUCUCUCCAAACAUAAAUUCAGUUCUGGCAUCCACAACUCUGUGCUUUAUGCUGAUUUGGCUAAUAACAAUAAUUUAUGUCUGUGCCCUUUGACAUUUUCAGUGAUUCAAUUUAUUAAGAGACUAGAUUUAUCUGCCACCUAUUUUAACUUCUAUCCUGUCCAUUUUCUGAACCCCCAUCAUCCUCAGAGAAAGUAUCACACAGGGAUGUAGAUGUGCAUCAGGACUGAAAACAUGGUUUCAUCCUUUCAGUGAUCAAAGUUUUGUACCAAGCAUAGCUUUAACACUUGGGUAAUGUAUGUAAUAUGUCCAGAUUAGGGAAUAAGAAUAUUUUAGAAGGAUAUUUUUUUUGCCACAGUAUUUGGCAGAAAUUGGUGGUUUUUCAGAACAUUGGAAGGUGCCCACAACUGGUACUAUUUUAUUUUUUGUCACUUCAAAGCACCUAUGGACACUCCUUUGCUCUUCCAUACAAAAGUAAGCUUAGGAAUGCUUUGCUUCAUUCUAGGUUGGGCUGCCUGCAUAUAUAGACUCUUUCCUCUGCUUCCUAUUGCCAGUUACAUUAAAUACAGUAUAUGACAAGUUUAUUAAUGCUGUACUGUAG